GUUCUCUCAUCAAGUGAUCAUAUUUUCACCCAUCAGACUAUUCUCAAUUUAAUCUUGUCUUUACUAAUAUGUCAAAUUAGUUUAGAUUCAGAAUGCUCCAUUAUCAAAUGGGCAGGAACAGGGGCAGAAGAAAAAUGGAGUCCACUUUCCUACGGUUCAUUUUUCAAUAAUGCAGGUAGGCUACUGUUUCAUUCCCUGCAUCAACCACUGUUCGAAGUGCAUGCAGCCACUUGCUGUGGGACUUUCGCCCCAAACUCUGUAUGUUAUGAGCUCUCCAACCCUGUUCAUGCAGCUAACCAGUGCUCUGUAUGCCAUGAGCUCUCCAACCCUGUUCAUGCAGCUAACCAGUGCUCUGUAUGCCAUGAGCUCUCCAACCCUGUUCAUGCAGCUAACCAGUGCUCUGUAUGCCAUGAGCUCUCCAACCCUGUUCAUGCAGCUAACCAGUACUCUGUAUGCCAUAAGCUCUCCAACCCUGUUCAUGCAGCUAACCAGUGCUCUGUAUGCCAUGAGCUCUCCAACCCUGUUCAUGCAGCUAACCAGUGCUCUGUAUGCCAUGGGCUCUCCAACCCUGUUCAUGCAGCUAACCAGUGCUUAAUUUGGGAAACCAAGUGAAAUCUGUUUGGGAACAUCAAUAGUAACAUGUUUUCACAACAAAACAUAUUUCAUUAAACUGUUUGACAUCCCUUCUUUCUGUACGCUGGAGAAAGGAAUGAAGGAGAGAGAGGAGGAGAUGGAAAUGCACGAAGAAUAGAUAUUCUGCAGCUAAAGACCUGUAUUUCUCGUCCACGGGAUAAAAGGAGAGGGAUGGUCAUAAUGGUGUAAUUGAACAGGGGACCUCUCAUACACCAAAACAACCAUUAGAGCAAGAGAAAAUCCUUCAGGUCUCAAAGUGACAUUUGGGCAUAAAACUCUCAGGCACGACUACCUCAUCACGAAGGCGUGGCGAUUCCAAAUAACCCCUACUACAAUGGCAACCACAGCCCCUACACCGGUGCCUCUGACUGUCCUGUGUCGCUGGUACCUGUACGCCAUCCACGGCUACUUCUGUGAGGUCAUGUUCACCGCCGCCUGGGAGUUUGUGGUCAACCGCGACUGGAAGUUCCCUGGUGUUACCAGUGUGUGGGCUCUGUUCAUCUACGGGACCUGCAUCCUCAUUGUGGAGCACAUGUACCUGGCCCUCCGAGCUCUCCAAUGCCCCCUGCUGCUGCGAUGCCUCAUCUAUACCCUAUGGACGUACAUCUGGGAGUUCAGUACAGGGCUGUUGUUGACCCAGUUCGGGGCAUGUCCCUGGGAUUAUUCCCAUUUUCAGUAUAACUUCAUGGGGUUGAUCACGGCAGAGUACGCCCUGCCAUGGUUCUGUGCGUCGUUCAUGACGGAGCAACUGGUUAUACGCAACACACUGCGGCUAAGGAUGGACACAGACGGAACAGAGGACGUCAAGUCUGAAGCAGGCGGGGGAGAAGAUGGGGGAGGAGGGGGGAGGAGACAACGGGUUGAACAAGGAGGUACAGAGGUCAAUGGUUUCCUGAAAGUGGACUGAGGACUGAGCAAAGAACACUGAGGUCCGGUUUUAAAGACACUGAUAACCCUAAUAGUGGACUAAAUAGCCUUCUCAAGGGAUAAUCUCUAUUGAAAGGGCUUUUUAGUCCAGGACUAGGCUUAAUCUGGGUCCAGAAAAACGGUCCCUGAAUCGUAACUCUUCCUUCUGGGAAAUGUACAUUGAAUUUUUAUUUAACAACAUUCAAAGUACUGUAGUUAUGUAGCUUCAGGUUGCAAUCUGAAGUAAGUUCUGUAUUGACUAUCAAAUUUGACUGGGUCCUAAAGCAAUGCAAUAGCUUCAAUUCAUUGUCAUGUGGAGAAUGUUUUUCUAAAGUUAGUGAUAGAGUUCUGUAUGCACUGCAGUCUGUUUCAAAAAGCAAUUGAUUUAGGGUAGUCUACAACUCAGUUAGGUGUACUCUUAUAAUGUACUGUAUGUAUUGCACAUGCCCUAGCAUGCUAUAUGAAUGAUGUCUCAGGUACCUACAUUAACUGUGGGCUGUAUCUACUGUUCUUCCAAAUGAAAGAAAUCAGGAUUUCUAUGUUCAGAACCAGAACCAUGGCAAUGUCUAGAGUUACCCUCCUGUGGAUUUGCACUCUAACCCCACUUGUCAUUGUAUUUUACCUUUAUUUAACUAGGCAAGUCAGUUAAGAACAAAUUCUUAUUUACAAUGACGGCCUAGGAACAGUGGGUUAACUGCCUUGUUCAGGGACAGAAUGACAUAUUUUCACCUUGUCGGCCCGGGGAUUUGAUCUAGCAACCUUUCAGUUACUGGCCCAACACUAUAACCACGAGGCUACCUGCUGAACUUGGUUCAGUUUAUCAACCAGCUAAUUAUUAGAAUCAGGUGUGGUAGACUAGGGUUGGGGUGAAAACUUACAGGAGAGUAGUGCUCUAGGAAUUGAUAAAAUACUGCACCUGAACGCUUGAUCUGAAGUGUCAUAUGAAUACUGUAUUACCACAAAUCUUUCCCAACAUCCAAGUCCUGUAGUUGGUGCGAGAUUUGGUUCUGGGUUCCUUCAGAGAUUAUAUUGGCCCCAACAACAACCAUAGGAUUUGGUUCUGGGUUCCUUCAGAGAUUAUAUUGGCCCCAACAACAACCAUAGGAUUUGGUUCUGGGUUCCUUCAGAGAUUAUAUUGGCCCCAACAACAACCAUAGGAUUUGGUUCUGGGUUCCUUCAGAGAUUAUAUUGGCCCCAACAACAACCAUAGGAUUUGACAAGACAGCACAAUCAGAUGAGGGACCUUAGAGAUAGAAUUCCAUUCUGUGUGUGGGACAACCAGGAUACCUCAAGCCACGCGGAUUCAAAAGCAGUAGAUCAACAAUGCAAAGUGAUGACGAUUAUAGUAUUUAUUUCUUUUCAAUUGCUUUGGUGCUAUUUCCACAAGUAUGUGGGGAAUUUUCAAAACUCUUCGUACAAAACUCCAAACUGUACUGCACUUGUGAAACUUUUUGUGCAUUCAUUUUGUUUGAAGACAUCUUUCACCACACAACCAUUGAUCCAAAGAUCCAAGUUUACUGUGAAAUACAAUAAGAACAUUGACUUAAUCACCAAAACACAACAAUGAUUCUCAAUUUAGUUAUUUUAACAACCAGUUAAUCAAUAGUAAAAAAAUGCAAAAACGACAUGUUUAAAAAUUGCCCUUUGAAUGUAACAUGCUACUGUACUAUAAAUUACAGUACAUUACACUGUUUUCACAUUACACUGUUUUCACAUUACACUGUUUUCACAUUACACUUGCACUACCCAUUCAAAUAUACUGAACCUCAAAUGUCCAUAAUUUCUAUACCAUGUGUGAUCAAAGGUGUGAAAAUGGAAGACAUCUUUCACAAUCAUUGAUGCAGAAAUGUAAUGUAUUGUUCAAAUAUCAUUACAGCAUACUGUAGGUGUAUUGUAACCAAUUGAAAGGAAUGUAAAAAAACAAAACAAUGUUUAACAGGCAUUAGGUUGUCUUGAGAAUUUGGCCAUAGGCUCAUAUCGACAUAGCAGUAAAUGUCCUCAUUGUUCAUGCUCGUGGAGAAAAACAUUUUGGCAUGGUGAAUCCAAGCCUUAGUUCUGGACUUGAUGUCACUGCAUGCCUCAUCCAUGGCCUGAAUGAGGGUGGUACGCUCAUGGGGAUUGCAAUCAUACAUCUUCUGCCUGUAUUGUAAUCAUGUAUUGUAUUUUACAGUAUUGAAUUGUAAUUAUAUGUAUUAUAAUGGUCCUGUACGUGGCUCAGUUCAUAAGAGCACGGCACAAGCAACACCAGAGUUGUGGGUUCAAUUCCCAUUGGGGUCACAGAUGAAAAUCUUCAGACUCACAGUUGUCACUUUGGAUAAAGACGCAUGCUAUGUAAAUGGAAUAUAUUAAAGUUACAAUGCAAUUUUAUUUAAGCGGUGUGACCCCCCCCCCCCCCACAUCAAAAAGACCCCAGCAACUUCAUUCUGGACACAUAUUUACUGUAUAGGGGAUGCAGUUAUCACAUCUCAUUUUUUCAAACUUACUGUGAAGUCAAAUCCUAGUCAUCAUUAUUGUGCGUUAUAGUCUACGGUAUAUCAUACUUGAUGUGUUUCUAGUUUACAGACAUACAUUUUCAUUAUGUACAAAAUCUGUGGUAGACAAAACACUUUAUAGGUUUAACAAACUGUUCAGUGAUGAGCAAUUAAGAGCAGUCGGAUUCAGUAAUAGUAUAAUGUAUUUUAACAAAUGAGACGUGCAUGAUAUAAAAAGCCAUGUGAGCAUUGCAUUGUGAAACGAAAUUACCCGUAUAUGAGCAUGUCUUGCAAUGCGUAAAUAUAUAUUUCUAGAUGAAACACAGAUUGUUUGGUGAAAAAGUGAUUGUAUCAUUCUGUGUGUUGUACUUAGGCAAUUCAAAAGGAGCUUAUAGUUUUGAAACAACUGCCUUUUUCAUGAUCUGUUUUGAGUUUUGUUGAACAGUUGUGAAAAUGUACCACAUAUUUGUGAAAAUUGCGCCAAAGGUAUUUUAAAAAUUUGAUUUAAAAAUGUAUUCAAACAUGUAGGCCCUAACUGGUUAUUUGAGUCUAAUGUACAACUACCGGUAUAUGUCAGUAGGCCUAGAACAUUGGGUGCUGCUAAUGUCUUUAUACAAGAAACCCAUUGCUUUGAUGAUACAAUUAUAGUAAUGAGAAUUUACAAGCCACACAAAUUAAAUAUGCAAUGGAAAGUGUGUGUGUGUGUGUGUCUGCAUGUUUAGUGAUGGUGGGGGAGAGGCUGAUCUCUCACCACAUAAACCUAAGACUUAGUAUGCAUGUAACAAAGUUAUUGUCAGGUGUACUUAUUUCCUAACUUUAGUUUUCUUGGAUCGACAAAAAAAAAACAAUAUUAUGAAAUACUGCACUGUAUUAUAUCACACAGUUUAACAAUGUAUUGUGUAUAGUUUGUGGAAUAAAUGUAUUUAUUUGACCAUAAA